UAGAAUGGGAAGCGAACGUUCUCUGGACAACACCGAGCUAACAAAGAUAGCCGCUUCCAUUAAGUAACCAAACACCGGCGGUCUCGGUCGUCUUCUCCCCUCUGUGGUCAUUUUGACGAGCCAGGCAGUUCGGACGGACAUGUCUGCAGUCGUGGUACCGGAGCUGGUCCAGUUUGGCGGCUCGUCCUCCGUCCCCGGUCUCAUGAUGUCGGUGGGUUUCGUUAGUUUCGCCUGAGCUCCUCUCUCUUCUCCUCUCGCAGUUGCUGCUGCUGUUGCUGCUCCUGGACUCUCUCUGCUCCCGAGAUGGCAAUGCACAGCACUGGAGAGGCUCCAGGGGAACGGGGAGAGUUGGUGCACUCGUUAUCUAAAGAGACGCCAGGCUCUCCGGACGCCUCAGAGUUGGGGAGUCCUCGCUGCCCACCGAACUUUGACCUCCUAAACAUGGUGGUGUCCUACAAGAGAAUGGCUCUGUUCCUAGAACCGGUUGUGGACGCAGUGGAGCUCAUUCGCUAUCUGCUCGGAUGGAAGAUGCCGAUGUGCUCUCUUCUUGUGUGUGUAUUCUUUAAUGUCUUCUUUUGCACAAUUACUGAAGCUGGCUGGUUCACAGUGAGCGUGGUGGCGGUUUCGGCGCCUGCUGCCCUGGGUUACCUGCAGGACAGGUGUGGGAGCAGAGCGUCAGAAGCAGAGCUCCAGAAGAGGCGAUACCACGCUGUGCAUCGUAGAGACCUGCAGACAGUGAAUCUCACCAAACAGGAGGCCAUGCUGGAAAUCAAAGACCUGUUAAAGCACCUGGAUGAAAUGUUGUCCUCUGCUUGUCAGUCAGCAGAAGCUAUUUAUAAGGUCUUAUACUGGGAUGAUCAUGCCACAUCAUCAAGGUUUUAUGGUGCAAUGCUAAUAGUGGUGUGUCUCCUGUACGUCGCUCCUUUGGGCUGGGUGCUUGCCGGGCUUAACAGUAUUGUCUUCCUGUGGAACAGAGACUUCUACAGAGUUUUGUUGGACCUCAGGAACCUGUUUCACUUGGGUCAGACGCAGACCUUAGAGGGGUUGAGUGAGGAGCAGGAACCUGCCAACACGGCGGACCAGACUCCAACCCCAACCAGCCUGGAGGACCUCUCUCCUGGCAGCAUAGAAGAAGCAGAGGAGGCUGAACCAGAUGACGAGUUUAAAGAUGCAAUCGAGGAAAGUUCAGUUGCUCUGCAGGAGGAUGACGACGGACCUCCUGGCGCUCCUGAAUAUGACACGGUUUCUGAGAACGGCUUCUUGAGUCGAAAUGAACCGAUCCGCAGCAAGGUGUCCAAACUGACGGAGAGACUCCGGAAACGCUACCCUGCCACCAGCAUGGGCAACUGUUCCAGCUGCAAUGCCGUCUUCUCAGUAUUGAAGAAGAGGAGAAACUGCAGCAACUGUGGCAACAGCUUCUGCUCCCGAUGCUGUUCCUACAAGGUGCCGCGGUCCUUCAUGGGGGCAACAGCUCCAGAGGCGCAGAGAGAGACCGUGUUUGUGUGUGCUGCCUGUUUUGCCAUUCUCAAGUUACAAUGAGACGGCAAACUGAUUUUCGUCUCCUGAGUCCUUCACUGAAACCCAAACCUACAUGCUUCGGUUGUGUAGUAAAGGCUCGUACACGCUGUCCAGACAACUUCCCACGUGGAACUCUGGGACCCUCCUGCCUUUACCAGCUGCCAUCCCUCUGUAAACCUCUCAUGUGGCUUGUGGGAUUGCUCCUGUAGUGUGUUUUUAGAUGUUUCCUGCUAAAUCUGUCAGUAAUUGCGGUCGGACUUCACGAGUCUUUAAGGGUCGACACAGAUCAUUAUGGGUUCUCCAUCAAAGGAACCUACAUUCAUACUUCUCUCUAAGCUGAGAGACGUAUAAAUGCCAAAACCGGACAGGAUGGAUACCUCGGUAUAGGUUUUUAAUCUGCUUUACGUUUCCUGUCCUCUGGGGCAGAUGAGUCAUACUGAGAGGAUUUUUCUAUAAGAACAAAGUGAAGGGUGUUUUGCAAAUGUGAGAGGCUUUCGGAUGAACUCCCAAAGUGGACAAAACUGGAGUCGGUGCGUUCAAAUUAAUGAUGGGUUAAAGUUCUGCGUCGGGCUUUGGCCAGCUAACGUGGAGAUUGCAUAGCUUUGCCUCGGUUAUCAUAUUUUGUCGGCUUAUCUGAACUGACGGGGGUAAAUUCAUCCCUUCACAUUUAGAAGAAACGCCCAGUUGUGUUUCAGACGUGGUCCUGCUGCUGGUUUACUGCCUGUGACCUGAGGAAACUCACAUGGAGUCAGCAAAAUUUGAAGUGGAGGCGGAGGGGAAAAAAGCACAACGUUUAGCAGAACAAAGACUUUUACAAAAAUAACUAUCGACUUGCUGCCUCCUUCUGGUUUUAUUGCUUCCGUGUGGGUAAAUGCGCUUGUCGACGUGCCACAGCAGCAUAGAAAUCUCCAGACUCCUGAAGCUUCUCUUCGAACCAAACGGACUCUGGUCUAACCGGAUGAAAGUCCCAGAAUCCACCUGAAACAUCCACCACAGCCUCACUCUGUCUUGCAAGCAGGACUUGACUUGAAGAACUGACGUUGUGUCGCGGUGAAGAGUCGAUUUUUAAUCAGACACAGAUGAUUGUAACUGUUUGCUUUGCUUUUAUGGUAAUUAUAUACAUACACUGUUAUUGUUGUUCUAUAUCUAAUAUAUUUAAUUUAAAACUCCAGAAAGUGCAGAUUUUUAUUUGAACAGCUUGUUUUUCUAAAUAAAUCUCUGGUCAUUUUUUUUUUUAAGGUUUGUUUAUGAUAUUGUAAUAAACACAGAAAAUGUAAACGAUCAACUCUUGAGUAGAAGGUCAGGGUUGGUUUUUCUUCUUCAUUAAAACGUUAACAUUAAUUCGAAAACAGUUGUAACCGCAUCUUAACACUUGAUGUACAAUUUCUUAUAACAUUCCUCCCAGUUUUUAGCACAAGAAUUAAACUUUAUUUUGAAUUUUA